CGCUAUGUUUCACCAGUUUACACCAAACUGCCAUGACUCAUUGGGAGAGGUCUGAGAGCUGUUAUUUGUUUUCAUUCAAUUCACACAUUAGUUUUGGUCGAAACACAGAGUCGCUGAGUAAAUUCAACUAGCCACAAAGCAGCUAGCCUGAUAACAGGAAACCAGGCCCAUAAAUCACAUUCAUUGAUAGCAUUGGUACUGCGUUGUACUGUUUUGCUACGAGCAGAAAAGACCCGUCAUUUUUUUAGAAUGAAAAGUUAGCGCCUCUCAAAGUGUCCUUUAAAAUAAAGUUCUUAACUGUGUCCAGUUCGUCGAAUCAAGACCUGAAAAGGAAAAGAAAAAAAAGUUUACAUACAUAGAAUACAAUGAGGUUAAUCCUCCUGAUACUUGUUCUGCCACUUUCCAAUGUGUGGUCAGCCCUCAACGAAUCUAUGUCUAAAUAUCGCGAGGCCCAGGUGACCUUAAAGUCUGCACUUCUCUCCCAUGGAGCAGUUCGUGGGAAGCUUUGUCCUGCACAGAGGAUGUCAAAAGUCAAUCUGACCAUUAACUUCAGGGUUUACGAGGUGUUAGCUUCUGAUGAUCUGGAGCAGUCUUUUACCACAGUCAGUUACAUGGAAGUCAACUGGGACGACAAUGAUCUCACUUGGAACUCAGAGGAUUACGAAGGCGUUAGCUGCAUGCCUUUAACAUUGGAUGAGAUAUGGCACCCAAGCUUAGUGGUCACCAACGCAGCUGACCAUGAAAUGGUCAUGAUCAAACCUAUGGACAAUCAACUAACUGUGUGUAACAAUGGUCACAUCUUUUUGAAAACACCUGUUUUUCUCAAAACUACUUGCUAUCUGGACCUAACUUUUUACCCAUUUGAUACCCAGGAAUGUCAAAUUCUAAUCAUGCCUUUUCCUGAAAAUUGCCAUUUCGAAGUACGAACUAAAACUAUAGACUACAUGCAAGAUCCAUUUCAACUCACAGGGGAAUGGGAGAUAACCCAUCAAAAUAUGAGCACUUUCCACUAUGAUGUUGGUGAUACCUAUGAGCCUUUAGCUGAAGUGACUUUCAGGAUCUCGAGAAGCUGGCUCUUCUACACCAUUACCAUAAUCACUCCUAUGCUGCUCACUACACUGAUGACAACCUGUGUCUUUCUUAUCCCAGCUUACUCUGGAGAGAAGAUUUCAUUCCUGGUCACUAUGUUUGUCUCUAAUGCUGUCUUUUUAAACUUCAUAGCUGGAACUAUGCCUCGCACGAUGAGCGACUCCAAAAUACCAAGGAUCACCAUAUUUUUAGUUGGAGUCAUGUGUGAAAGCUUCUUCGCACUUUUGGCCACCAUGUUUGUCAUCAGCCGAUACAACAGCGAGCAGAGGGAGAAGGCCAAGCGAGCUGAAGAUGCUCUUUACAAGAUCGUGACAGACGUGAUGAAGCAAGAUUCAAAACCAGAUGUUCUCCUAAACAAGAGCGAGAAAGAAGUCUUAAAGGACACUACAGCGGAACAAAAAUUCUCAACUUCUAAUUUCGGUGCCAGUUCGGAAAACGCCCGGGUGGCUCUGUUUCUUUUAAUGCAAAGGAAAAAUCUCAGCGCCAAGCGCUUAAAAAAGUUCUUUACCAAGUUAUCUGGAACUAAAAUUUCACUGAAACGCUCUUGGUGCAUCAAAGCUAAAUAUUGGGAUUGCUUCUUCUGCAUUUUCUUCACUGCUUGCAGUAUUGCUUUUAAUACAAUAAUUGUACUGCUACCAAAUUCUUCAUCUAAUUCCUUGUUUCUUAACAUUCAUUGAAAUUUGAUUUCAAAUUGAAACCCUUACGCCUAAAGUUAGCCCUAACACCACAGCCUCGAUAUUUUAACCCACCACCAAACCAAAGUCACUCUAACCCAUACAAUUAUUUUAAAAUAUAUAUGUAUUUAGCUCUCUGAAAAUAUAUUGAAAAAUGUCUUAGUUCAAUUUUCUAUUUUGUACUUGUUGCAA